UGUAUCUCCAAAACUUCUGCCAUAAAAGUGUCAGGCAAACCACAGAGCAAACAUGAAGAAUGAUUUUCAGGUAAAAUCACAGAAUCACACAAGAGUACAUGGAGGUGUGGAGGUGUUUAAGGAAAGACUGGAUGUGGGAGUUAGUGCCAUGGUCUAGUUGACGUGGCGGUGUUAGACCACAGGUUGGAUUCAAUGAUCCCAGAGGACCUUUCCAACCUAACUGAUGCAGCGCUUCUGUGAUUCCAUGCUGAGAUCUUUCCCACCCCGGCCAACAGUGGCGAUCAGUGUGCCUGCCCGGGCCCGUCCGAGCUGCGGCUGUUGGCAGUGCCGGGGCCGCUCCCCGCCGGCUCCGAGAGGGGACGGGACGGGACGGGAGUGCGUGCACCUGCGGGAGCUGCCCGCCCUGUGCACGCCCGUCGUACAGGUGUGCGUGGGCGCAGCGAGGGACGCGCGGUGGCCCCCGCUCCGCAGGAGGCGGGGGAGAAAGAGCGGAGGGUUCCCUUACUCAUCACGGCCGCGGGGCUGUGCCGUGGGAGCCGUCCAGGACUCGAGCAAUUCCCUUCACCGCCCGGUCCGGCGCGGCCGCCGCUCCCGGGGCGGGGCGGGGCGGGGCGGGGCCGGGCCGCCCCUGCCGCCGCCGCGCUCCGCCCGCCCGCCGCACGAGCCGGUGCCCGCGCCGGAGCCGCUGCCGGAGCGGCGGGCCGGGCCCCCGCUGCCCUGCUCUGCCCUGGCCGCGCUCCCCGCCGGGCCGACCGCGCUCCCGGGCGCCGCUGAGCCGCCCCCGCCCGCGGUGGAUGCCGCCGGGGAGCGGGCGGAGCGCGCCGCCGGGGAGAGGGGCUGCCGCGGCCGCCGGAGCCCACGUACAUGCGAGUGCCCUCUCCGCUCACCAGCAUGCUUUACUUCCAGAUGGUGAUCAUGGCAGGGACCGUGAUGCUGGCUUAUUACUUCGAGUACACGGACACCUUCACCGUCAACGUGCAAGGCUUCUUCUGCUACGAGGGCGCGUACCGCAAGCCCUACCCGGGCCCGGAGGAUCGCAGCGCCGUGCCGCCGGUGCUCCUCUACUCGCUGACCGCAGGCGUGCCCGUGCUGGUGAUUAUCGUUGGAGAAACUGCAGUCUUUUGUCUACAGUUAGCUACAAAGGAUUUUGAAAACCAAGAGAAAACAAUAUUAACUGGAGACUGUUGUUAUAUAAAUCCACUGGUGCGCAGGACCAUCCGAUUCCUUGGAAUUUAUGCAUUUGGACUGUUUGCUACGGACAUCUUUGUAAAUGCUGGACAAGUAGUAACAGGGAAUCUUGCACCCCAUUUUCUUGCACUUUGUAAACCCAACUAUACAGCACUUGGAUGUAAACAGUACACCCAAUUCAUCAGUAGCGUACAUGCCUGUACUGGAAAUCCAGACCUUAUCAUGAAAGCCAGAAAGACUUUCCCGUCCAAAGAAGCAGCGCUAAGCAUAUAUGCAGCUAUGUAUCUGGCUAUGUAUAUCACCAACACAGUGAAAGCCAGAGGAACAAGGCUUGCAAAACCUGUUCUGUGUUUGGGUUUAAUGUGCUUGGCCUUCCUUACUGGAAUCAACAGAGUAGCAGAGUAUCGAAAUCACUGGUCAGAUGUAAUAGCAGGAUUUGUAAUUGGAAUAUCUAUAGCAGUAUUUUUGGUUGUUUGUGUGGUAAAUAACUUCAGAGGACGUCAGCCAGAACAUCAACAUUCUCAUCUGGAUAAUCUGACCCAGAUGCCCAUGAUCAGCAUACCCAGAGUAGAAAGCCCUUUAGAAAAGGUGUUACAGAAUCGAGGCAUUAGUCACAGUCAAGAAGAUGCUUUGCAAGGAGCCUCCCUCAAAGCACGCAUCCUUGGGCUCUUCUCGUGGCUGUCGGGGCCGGAGCGCCGCGAGCCCCUUGCUCCAAGGCAAUAACAACCACAUCACGGCCUUUGCAGAAGUCACAUGAUGUUGAUGCUGAUGUAUAUUCACUCCACUGGACUUCAUCUCUUUUCACAGCCCACACAUGAUAUUUGCAGUGUAUCAAAAAUAAGAAAUUUUUAGAAGUCCUAUUUCUGACUUGAUUUUUACAUCACUAAAAUGAUACCAACAUUUUGAAGAAUUCUUAAAUAUUAGAACGUCACUUUACUUUCUAGCAAAAAUAUUAACUGUUUACUUUUAUGAUGGAAUGGGACAAACUGAGCACUAAUUAUCUGACAUUACCCACUAUUUUGGCUUCUCAUUGUUUUCAAUGGUUCAUGUACCUAUUCCAACAGUACUUUGUAUUUUGAUUUACCUUUGAUUUUUAAAAUCUACAUUUUUAAUUCAGCAUGAACUUGUUUCCAUUUGAGGCAAUUUCAGUGUAUAAAAACUAGACAAAUCUUAUGUUCUGUAUGAAAAUGCUGUUUGCACAUUGUAUUACGCUGUAUUCCAUGUAAGAUAUCAUUCAAACAGUAUGUUAUAUGUAAGACUGGUGCUUCUGCUUUUGAAGAGAAAAAAAUGCCAAUUUUUACUGUUAUAAGUAUUGUAUCAUAAUUAAAAGUUUAUUUAUUUGGAUAUUUUCCUGACAUAAUUGUAGUUGAAUUGUUGUUUUGUAGUUCUUAAAUGUCUUGGAUGACAUAUAUGUAUCUAGGUUAAAAGAAGUGAGAAUAAUUUAGCGAGUUUGAUCUUUGAUAUAUUCUUUAUUACUAAUGAUAUCCCAUGAAAGGUUAAGGGCUCUGUUCUUAGCUUAGCAUAUGUGGUGGGAAGCUGUGCUAUUCAUAAAUCAUUUAAACAAAUUACUCAAGGCAGCCUGCAUCUUCUCAUGAUUGUUGUACUCCCUGAUACUAUGCUGGGAGAAUGGGUGCUAAGAUAAGAAGAGGGUCACCAGCUUAGUGAGAAAAGUUCAACUGAGUUUCCACUCUCCAUUUUCAUGGAAAACUCAUGGAAAAACCAAAAUGGCUCAAUUAAUUUUUUUUCAGCCUAAGUGACCAGGACAGGCAGACUUUCUUUCUACAAAGCUUUUUAUCUCUGUGUUUGAGGCUCAUAUUCUUUAAAAAAAAAAGAAAAAAAAAUCGUCUGCGAGCCUGCAUGGUGUUGACAAACUGAUUUUUCUUCAACAUCAGCCAAUGUCACCAUAUCUCUGUUAUUGCUCUGAAUAUUCAGAUUAAGCCUCCCAUUUGGAAGAUUCUUGCUGAGUAUUCAUGGUGAAGUUGUCCUAUAAAAAUUGAGCACCAAAUGGAUCUGAAUAUUGUAAAUACUGAAGACAUUCUUAACAGUGCCAGACAGUGUACCUCUGGCAAGAGCUGAUAAAAUGCUAGCACUAUACAACUAUUGAGAAUACUAUUGGUCAGUGCAGGCUGUUGAGCAUUUUAGGCCUUAAAUUUUCCAGAGUUCAGUGUAUUUCCUGUGCAUUAAUCAUUGUUAGAGUAUGUUUGAAACACAAGGAUGUAGAAUCAGGUAUAUUUUUUCUACGAUGAAUUUUAAUGCAUUCUCACAUAGUCGUCAGGUAAUGCCUGCUUUUACUUCAUGUUUUAACCUCUGCUUUCACUAAAAUACAACUACCUAAAGAGUGCUUGGCAAACAGGGCAAGGCCAAGUCAUCUCUGAGUGCAAUAGAGCAUAUGCCACAAAGUCAUUGUGCUAAGCUGAGAAUUAAGAGAUUGAAGAAAUAUGUUUGUGGGGAAAAAAGACCUAGAAUAGAGUCCUUAGCUACAGCUAGGUUACUUAGGUGAUUGAAAAUCCACCUUUAUUAGACUAUCAACUGUGUUUACAAAAUUGUAGUAGAUCCAAAGUUUGUAUCACCGUGUUAAACUCACUUACCCUGCUCUUAGUCUAGCUAGUUAGGUUCCAAGGUACUAAUGAUUUCUGUGUGUGCAGAUUUAAAUGAAAUGUUCACUCAUUUUUGCAUGGUAGCAAAUCUGCAUUUUUUAUAUCUGAUUUAUAAGAUUACCAAGAGAUUCUUUUAUGUUAAAAGAGAUUACUCUUUUUCAGUGUACUGUAUAUCAUCAGCUUGUAACUGGUCUCUUUCUCAGGAUCUUUCCCAGUCAAAUAUUUGGGUUAAAAUUAUCAUACUAUCUCUGUGAACCAGCAGCGAGAAAACAAAAAGAGAGACACUCUGCUGUAUAAUGUAUUUUUAAAUAAAAUAAUUUUUCAUUCA